AAAAUCUCCCCCUUGAAAAUCCGAUUAAUCGAUUCCUUAGAAAAUAAUCGGGUGAAAAGUGAGGUUAGUUUUCGUUUUGUUUACGCCACCCGGAACAUCGCGUCUUCCUGGAAAAAAGUCCAGAUGUCCAGAAUGGAUUCACAGGAGGAAGGAUCUCCACGUGUGCAUAACUCCAAUCCCUCAUGCGAGGAAUUUGAAAUUGAUCAGGAGAAGCUAAAAGGCGAUGCAAUCGGUGAAUCUCUGUACAGUGAGAGAUUUGUUUUAUCCACGCUCAUUAAGCUGACAAAGAUGGAAGAGAAGGAAGAGAAUGAGGAACUUAGUGAGGAUUUUGAGAAGGAUCUGUGUAUUCUCUGGGACAUGACGAUAGAGAAGGACGUGAUCCGGUUGUUGCUUUCUCACAAUGUCCUGGAACUCUUCGCCCAGAUUAUUCAAACGAGUACAGAUGAUCGUUUGACGGAGAUUCUUGUAGGGAUAAUUGGGAAUAUGUGUAGUUUGUCUGAGACUCGUGACAGUUUGUGUGAGAAUCCUCAAGUUGUGGGGCCUAUCCUUGAGCUGAUCUCUUCAUUUGAUCCUCCGACACUUGUGCAGCUCAUGAGGCUACUGCAUGCGUGCUUGGUGUUUGAGAAUACAGGGGACGAAGUGACGUGGUUUCAGCAUUUCUGCAAUGUGGACGGUUUUGUGGAGAAAUUCUCCUUCAUCCUGGCCAAUUCUGUCAACAGGAGCCUACUGUUUACAGCUUUUGAGGCUCUCAAUGCAAUUGCCUCGAAAUUUGCAAUGAUAGAAUUUCAGCAGGAUGGCAGUUUGCAGCUCAAAGAUGUUCUGGUGAAGCCAGAAUUGAUUGCCGGCAUUAUUGAGGCACUUAAGCAGUUGCUUCCGGACACACAGAAUGACCUGGAGAUUCUUGAUCUCACGGAUAGGCGGAAGAAAAUCAUGAAUUUGUUUCUCGACAUCAAUGCAAUUCUGUCGCAGUACGAGGAUACCUCGAGGGCUUCCUACAGCUCCAGCAUGAAAGAUAUGCAUGAAUGCCUGGAGAGUAUCCUAAUGCCCUACUGCCAUGCUGUCAAUCUCGUACCGCCAACGGCUAAUGAGCAAGGAGUCAUUGAGAAUGUGAGUGAUCUCCUGAUUGCACUCUCUCCGCCCUUUCCUGGCAAAUGCUUCGGGCAAAUGAUCAAAAUCUGGGCAGUGAUUGAGGAAUUCCGGGAGAAGAGUGACCAGGAAGAAGAGUCAGAGUGGACAUGUCGCAGGGAUGAAGUGAAUGCUGAAGAUAUUUCCACGACAAUCCUGGAUUUCUUCUCGCGCAUCAUCAAAAACACGUCGCAGGAAACCUUUGAGGAAUCCCUCAAGGAUCUCCCGAGCAGCACCCUCAAGAGACUCCAUGCCAAACUAGAAGCUGAAGCUCAAGAUCUGGACACAAAGCAGAUCUGUGAGAAAUUCCACGAGUUCUUUAGCAAGGACCAAAAUGUGGAAAACACAUAAAUAUUUUAGGUAUGAUUCCUUCUAAUCACACCUAUUGUAAUCCUCGGAUUUUCUCAAAGUGCUCCGAUCGAGCUGAAAUUCACAGGGUAUAUGUUUUGAACAUCCCUGAUGCCGAAAAUCAUAAGCCGGCAAUUUCGGGCCCGGCUGCCGUCCGUCCGGCCGUCCGGCCGGCCGUAGUACGCAAUAUCUCUGGUUUGGAUAGAGAUAGGGUAAAGUAAGCCCUUUUCGCCAUCUUAAGGUUUGAUACUCUUGUAAUUCUUCCAAUUUUUGUCGAAAUAAAAUGAAUUUUUUUGUACAAA